UGUGCCUGUUUGGAACAGUCGAUGACAAGUUCCGUGCUGAGCAAAUCACGUGUUCUGACAAACUCCACCGCACGCUCGUACUGAAUGAGUCAGAGGUGUCUCAAAUGGAAAACGAACACAAUUAUAUCAUUAUCAACUGACCUCAACGACGCGAACUUCACUUCGCUCUUAAUAUCUGCACUGAGCUCCGUUUACGCUGAAAUCCAGCCUGGACUGAAAGGAAGUUGACCAAUGGCACACCCCAAGAAAGGAAGUAGCUGUGCAGUGCCCACGCAGUCCUCUCCAAAGAAGGGCUCUCCGGCACCAGCAGCCAAACCAUGCAGCCCAGGAGCCUCGUCCUCCAGAGUCCAGAAAGAACCAGAGAGCCCAGCCCCGAGACUGCAGACUUCCUCCACCAAGCCCCAGGCAGCACAGGCCAGCCGCACGCCCGGCAGAUCCAGGCCAGUCCCACCACAACCUGGGAGGCCACCAAUGAGUGACGUCAAAACACCAGCCUCUGGUCCACCGCUGGGUAGAGCUGUGCAGGACAGAAGCAGAGCAGCCAGUGCUUGUCAGAAUCAAUCCAGCUAUGCCAGGAGAGCCGCCACCAGGAGAUCCGAAUCAGAAUCGGAGGGGACAUCUAGAUACGCCAGGAACAGAACCGAUGAAACUAGGAGAGGGGGCGACGGUACAGCCCAGAGUAAACCUGCAAGGACCAGCACCAGGCAAACCUCCCCUCAAACAAGCCGAGCCCACCCUCCCCCUGUGCCCCAGGGCACCAUGGGCAAGAUUGACCAGGAGAAGUUGGCAGCCAUUGAGGUAGAAACCAGGGGCCAGCGGGAGAACCCAGAGUGGUUCAAGCAGCGCAGGAACCGCAUCACAGCCUCCAACGCCCAUAAGAUUGCAAACUGCCGCUUUGUGAACGGGCGCAGCCAGGAGGUACCCCAGUCCUACCUGCGCUCUGUGGUGAGCUCGGGUUCCAGCGUCAAGACGGCAGCCAUGACCUGGGGCAUCGAGCACGAGCUGGCUGCCGCUGUCCGCUACAAGGAGCUGAAGUCCAGGGCGCUGGGGAGGGAGGUGCUCGUCCAGGACUGCGGCCUCUUCAUCCACCCUGACAAGCAGUGGCUGGCAGCCAGCCCCGACGGGGUGGUGGUCGAUGCUCAAACUGGGGAGACGCUGGGCUCCCUGGAGAUCAAGUGCCCUUUCAAGCACAGGGACAGCACCAUCAAGAAGGCCUGCGAGGACAAGACCUUCUGCCUGCAGCGAGAGCCGGGGGGCGCCUACAGCUUGAAGAGGAGCCACGCCCACUACACCCAGGUGCAGUGCCAGCUGGCCGUGUUGGGGCUCCGCAGGGCAGACUUCGUGGUCUACACCUCCAGAGACAUGGCCGUCACUCCGGUGGACUUCGACCCGGAGUUCUGGGACCGCACUGAAGACAAGCUGGAGAAGUUCUACACCAGCGCUGUUCAGCCUUACCUGGCGAGACAGAACCCAGCUCUGUCCAGAGAGGAGUAGAUGCAAGGCUUCGCACAACGCAGCCAAACCAGGAGCUUCUGGACAUCCCUGGAAAGCCACUAACACACACAAGCCAGUCAAUGCAGGUGGGCUAGUCUAGAACACAUAGGAUGGGGCGGCGCGGGAUUGCAGAAAUUAGGUUCCAAGAGUUAGAUAGCUUGCCCUGUCAGAAAGAUAGGGAACAUUACUGCAUAGAGAUCCACUAAAGUCAUAUGAUAGCGUGAGCACUGCAAGACUGAAUGCAAAACCCUGAGCCAGCAAACCAGAGACUCUGCUUCCCUUAGUGCCACUCCAGUACAGCUUGGCCUGGAAUAAACACUCCAUUUACAAGGCCAGCCUGAACACUCAGUUGCGAAGGAAUUACGCAGGGGCAGACUUCAAUCUGGGGGCGAGGUCUUUGUUUCCAGUGGCUGGCGUGUUCUAUUUGUUUUGUUGGCACUCAUCACAAAGAGCUGUGUCUGAAUGUUGUUUUUUUCCAGAUCUAUAAUUGUUCCUUUGUUUGUCAGCCGAGCUGUUGUCCGCCCCGCCCCGCCCCACCCCCAUCCCCAUUUACUGUGUAUAUACGCACACAACAGUACAGGGACUUCCCUGGCCUUUACCAUAGCUGUUCAAGUAUUAUCUCCGGUCCAGACCAGAUUAAAUGAACUAAUGGUGUAACUAAUAGAAAUGAACUCUCAAUCUUGAUAUAUCACAAAUAAAUAUCUUUGUAAAAUUAAAAAAAAGUAAGUCUUGCAGUGUCACACACUGUUACAUGUGACACAGAAAACAAGUUCUCAUCUAAGAUUUUAUGAAUUAAAAUAGAACGAUAAAAACAGAACCAUUAACUGCCGGGGGUAAUUGAGCACCAGACUGCACUGCCCUAGAGAGAUUUCGGAGUGCUCUGUGAUGAGAGAAUUCAUCACGGUGAGAUAGUGCCCAUACACUGUGAUCGAUUUCAUACACUGUGCAUUGCACCUCAACCAUCCUCAAAAUCCACUGCCAUGCCACCUUAACACAGCACUUUCCAAUCCAAGAGGGAGAGCGAAACGAUUCCACCACUAAUAUUAAGAAGAAGAAAGAUGCCGUGCAUGUUGAAAUGAGUCGGAGGAGUGUAGAACUUGCAAACCUGUACUGUGCCUGCCUUUUUGAAAAUAACAAAAACAUAUUUCAUUA